AUGGUAAAACAAAAUUCAAUUCAUGGUCCAUUACGUAAUAAUCUAUCGAAAAAAAGUCAUAAACCUCUUAAUGGAUAUAUCAUUUUUUAUAAGUUUUACAAGAAAAUAUUAGAUAAGGAAUACCCGAAAUCAACAUCGCAAAGUAUAGCCGUUAUAGCGGGUAGACGGUGGAGGGAAUUACCCAACGACCUGAAAAAUUCUUUUAUCCAAUUCGCAAAUACCGAGCGACUUCUUCAAAAUAUUCGACCACAAUUCGCUACAAGAUUGAUAAUAAAUUCUCAUCAUCAUCAUAAAUCAAGAUUGAGAGUAAUUUUUGAUGACCGUUGUUGUGAAAGUUUUAAAAGUUCGAAUGAAAUCACUUCAGAAGAAGAUAGUGAAUAUUGUAGAAUUUUCAAUGAAUUCAUUGAUUUGGACGCUUGUUUUUAA